AUGAAGCGAUAUGGUGAUACUUCUAAAUUUCCUCCUCUCAUGCCCCAUCGUGUUAUGGGUAAUGAAUUAUUAUCUAAGUCUCCUCCUCUUACGAGUUGUACUAGUCAUCCUAUUGUGGGCAAUGAGUUAUUACUUUGUGAGAUACUGACUAGGGUCCCUGUAAAACCACUCAUGAGGUUCAAGUGUGUAUGCAAACAAUGGUACUCCUUGAUACAUACAGAUCGAAGCUUCAUCGAUUUACACUUCGCACGAUCAAAAUCAUGUAAUUUUGCUGGUGGUGAUGGUAGUGUCUCCCUUUUUAGGUUUUCGUAUCAACUUCGUGUUUUCUCCUCAGUUGAACUAUUACUCUCUCAAGGAAGAGUAAAGGAUGUUGAAAGGGAAAUAUCUAUACCAGGAUCUUCUCUGGUACACGUUUUUGGAGAUAUCAAUGGGUUAAUUUCUGUAAUAGAAACCAUCACAUGUUCUGUUCGUGUGUUCAAUCCGAGCACGGGACAGUCAACACCUUGGGUAAAAUCCAUGAUUAAACAACAAAGUGAAAAUCCACCGGAGGAAAUACUAGCUAUAGAUGAAGAUGGUGAUUAUGCAACUUACAAGGUUACUUAUGGUCGUGGACCGUGGCAUUACUUUGGGUAUGAUCCUGCUACUAAAGAACACAGAGUGGUUAUUAUGUGGAUCAAGGAAAUAUCCAAAUAG